AUGUCCUCGCCAUCCCCAGAAAAUAUCUUCAAAUCCUUGCAUGAAAUAUUCUAUACCAGAAAGUCCAAUGAUGUCCUGGAGAUCGAGAUUCUAUUGCCAGGACAAGGACCGCUGUUGAGGGAUGGCUGCUUCAUCGGCAUCACCAAGUCGGCCCUCGUCAAGGCAUUCAUUGUUGCGAGAAAAAACUUCUUGCACCAUGUCACUCGAUUAAAUGGGAGCAGCUCCUUGUCGCUGGAGGCUGAAGGAGAAUUUGCUGCUAUCCCCGCUGUCAUUCUGCUAUUCGAUUGCGAGCAUACAACUGCAUGCAACUGGAGGAAGCGGCUAGUGAAAGCGUCUAUUGAUAAAUAUAUCGCUGAAGGCGACAUUGACCGGGAUGGCCUUCUGGACAUUCUCGAAAGAGAACUCAACCUGAUAACGACGUUUGUCUGCUCGCCUCUGCAUAGACACACAAAAUCACCUACUCUGUGGCAGCAUCGUUUAUGGGUCAUGACUGAGCGAUUGAAACUUCAAGGUUCAGCUUUGCAUGAAGCUAUAUUUCUUUCAUUAGAAGCUAUACGCAAUUUUAUUCUUGCAGAAUUUGCUAUAGUCUGUAAAGCGGCAGAAUUGCAUCCGAAGAAUUACUACGCAUUUAGUUACAUCCGACAGCUUCAUUCUACUGUGUCUAAUUUGUCGACGAGGAUGGCUGCCGAAGAUGUCACCGAUGUUUCUCCUUUGCUAUGUGAUCUCGCGAUCACGUUGGUUGAGCCGGCAUUGAAAUGGUGUUUAUCGAAUCCAAAGGAUAUUUCCGGUUGGAUGUUCCUCUUAUAUUUGUUGAGUCAUGAGGCGACAUCUGAUAACGAGGAACAGAAUAUGAUUCAACUGAGAAAGAUGACGAUGGAACGGGCUAUGCAUUUUGCGAUAAAAGUCACUGCAUGGAAAGGCGAAAGUUUAUGGACAUUUGUUGAUCUGAUGAUGACUAAAUUUGGCCCGACUGUCUUGCCAGCAACAAUCAAACUGGACUCGGAUCAAAUGAGGCUAUAUCAAGUCGAAGAUUUGCCAGUAAAUAUUGACACUACCCGCACGAAAUUAAAGAGUGAAAGCAAGGUCUGGGCUGCAACUGCGCGAUGGAGAACAACUAUGCAUCUCAUAAUCAAGUCCCACAAUGAUGAAGCCUAA